CUUAAUGAGUACGAGCGUAAGUUGUAUGAUAAAAUACGUCGUUCUCAAGCAGAGCGGUUUAGGAGAUUAGAAGAACAAAAUAUUAUGCAACAUUACGUGAACAUUUUACAGUCUUUUUUAAGAUUGCGCCAAAUUUGCGCACAUUCUGCAUUAAUCAAAGAGUCGGAACUACAGGAUGAUUUUGAAGACAAAACUGUUAAUGAUGGCCUAACUCCUACAAGAGGAAUGAUGUUGCUUAACCUUGUCCGAGAAAGCGGCAUGGAUCAAUGUGGUUCUUGUAUGCAGGAAUUAGCACAGACUCCCAUC